AUGAUACAGCACAUCUGGAAACUCUCCCCUGUGAAUCUGUUCUGCGUAGAAGUGGUCACAGCGACUAAGUCGACUUUAAGAUCCUGUUUCAUUUUGUUCUUGCAGAAGGAAACUCCACUUGCCAACGCCGCAUUCUGGGCAGCCAGGAGAGGAAACCUGACACUGCUGAAGCUGUUGUUGAACAGCGGCCGGGUGGACGUGGACUGCAGAGACAGUUAUGGUACCACGCUCCUGAUGGUCGCCGCCUAUGCUGGUCACAUAGACUGUGUGAAAGAGCUGGUUCUGCAGGGCGCAGACAUCAACCUCCAAAGGGAGUCAGGUACAACUGCCCUGUUCUUUGCUGCCCAGCAAGGCCAUGAUGAUGUCGUAAGAUUCCUCUUUAGAUUUGGAGCAUCUACUGAAUUUAGGACCAAAGAUGGAGGCACCGCCCUGUUGGCUGCCAGCCAGUAUGGGCACAUGCAGGUGGUGGACACCCUGCUGAAGCACGGAGCCAACAUCCAUGACCAACUUUAUGAUGGAGCCACUGCCCUCUUCUUGGCUGCCCAAGGUGGUUAUUUGGAUGUUAUUCGAUUACUGUUGUCUUCAGGAGCAAAAGUCAACCAGCCAAGGCAGGACGGGACGGCGCCCCUGUGGAUCGCGUCCCAGAUGGGCCACAGCGAGGCGGUGCGGGUGAUGCUGCUGCGCGGGGCCGAGCGCGACGCCGCGCGGAAGGAUGGCACAACAGCACUAUUGAAAGCAGCCAAUGAAGGGUAUAAUGAUGUUAUAGAGGAGUUGCUUAAAUUCUCGCCCUCUCUUGGUAUUUUGAAGAAUGGGACAUCGGCACUCCACGCGGCUGUGCUCAGUGGAAAUAUUAAAACAGUUGCAUUGCUCCUGGAAGCAGGGGCGGACCCAUCCCUGAGAAACAAGGCCAAUAAACUUCCAGCAGAGCUAACCAAGAAUGAACGUAUUUUGCGUCUCCUUCGAAGUAAAGAAGGUCACAGAAAAAGCUAACCGAGUUCCGUACGUGAUGGGAAGAUGGGAACCUUAACCAUGUUGUGCAAAAAGAAGUUGCUUUUUAAAAAGUGUUGGAAAUUCGUUUAAGAAAGAAAAUGCCCAGAGUGGCCACUCUGUUGGUCCCUGACGAAGAAGAGCUGUGCUCUCUGCUCGGAGUCAAGAGCAGAACAGCUCAGGGACCCCUUCUUCCCAUGGGCAUCUCACGCCACCCUGUAACUCAACUCCAGGGGGACCUGGCACAUUCAUGGAUUCUACAGAAAU